AUGAUUGCAAACAAGAACUAUAAGAAUAAUAAUAAUUCUAAAAAUAAUUCUAAAAUCUAUAGUUUCUCUCAUUUAUUAUUGGCAGAGAUUACAAACAGAUUUGAAAACAUCUUGGAUAAAAUAUGUUUUAGCUUAGUUUGUAGAAAGUGGUUCUUUGAAAGAGACAAAUAUCUUGUUUUACAUUAUAACUCUAAUAAACUAAAUAAUUUCAAUUUCAACACUUUCAAAAAUCAAUUAAAAUAUGAAGAUCCAAAAAUAGUGAUUAAAGGUAAUAACAAUUUUAUAAUCAUUUGUUUUGUUAAUAUAACUAACAUUUUAACAUUGAAUUUAAAAAAACAAACAGAAAGAGAUGGAAUAUAUAAAGUACCGAUCACCGCUAAGGAAUUAGUGGUCUAUGGCUAUGAAAUAUUGGAUAAUGGUUUCUUUGAGAAGUUGGACUCUUUGAGUAUUACAUCGAUUUCAAUCAUUAAUGUUGAGUUAAAGAUGUCUGCCAUGGCUAGAUCGUUGUCAAUUAUGUAUGCAUCUCAGGAAUCAGACUUUCCAAAGAUUCCAGAUAAAAUCCAUACUCUUAGGUUUAGGAAAAUCUCAAACAGGUCAAAGAAGAAACCAACUGAAUUCCCAGCAUCUCUCCGUCAUCUCGAAUUCCACACGUUAGAUGUGACCCUACCAAUUCGACUUCCUCAUAGUCUAGAGGUUUUCAUUUGUUACUCAGAUGACCAUAAACCAUUCAAUUUCGAUACUACUUUGACUCCUUUUGCACCGAGACUACACACUGUGUUUAUAGCCUCAGAUCAUUUAGAUUACUUUUGUAUGAUGACAUCGAUUACAACAAUGGAUAUCAGAUGGCUACACACCCCUGUAAAACGUCUAGUUUCAAGUGAUCUUCCUCCAUCUCUGACCAACUUAAGCAUUUCAGUGACUAAUCCUUUUGUCACUGGCUAUGAAACUGGCUUACUGAUCAACAACGGUGUAUUACCAAAGUCACUUCAGCACCUAACACUUGAAAUGAAUAUUAGUAUUGAAUCGCCAGAUGUCAUUUCUCAGCUUACAAUGUUGGAGAGUCUCAAAAUAGAGAUGUCUCCACAAUUCAAAAUCAAACUACCACAAUCGCUUAGAAAGUUGAAAUUACCACAAAAUUUUGACAAUGCUAUCGAUGUACAAUACAUUCUUCCCGAUAACUUGGAAUCAUUAGAAUUUGGUUCUAACUUUGAUCAAAAGUUAUCGAAAGGUGAUCUUCCUGCCAAUCUUAAAGAACUCAUUUUAAACCGUGCCUAUAGUGCAAAGAUAUCAGUUGGUUCACUCCCAAAGUACUUAGAGACAUUAGAUCUUUGUGAAUAUGAUAAACCGAUUGAAAAGAAAGCCUUCCCUGCCUCUCUAAGAGAAUUACGUCAUAACCUCACGUACUAUGCCAGUAAACUAAAAAAACUACCUGAAUCAAUAACAUCAUUAAUCUUGGAUAAACGGUUACACUUCAGAAGAUACACUGCCAAAUGUUUCAUGGUAUAUUGUGAAAAUGGAGAAGCAAUCAAAGGUGGAUUCACAGAUAUUUCAUUACUAGAGAAACAAAUUAUAUUAAUAAAUUAA